UACCCUUUUAAAGCAAUGUGGCUUCAACUGAAAGCAGAGCAACCCGAAGUACCAUAGUCAGUAAGAGAAACGGCAAAGCUAAAACCAUAUUCUUUCCCCCAAAAAACGAUAUGGAACUCCCCAAAUGUUGUCUUCAAAGCUUCUAAAGAAACCCUUUUCUUCAUCUUCAGCUAAAACCCUAAUAGACCAAAUUUCUCAAUAUUUUCUUCACCAAAAACAACAGAUUGUCUUAAACCCACCUUUACUUUCAAAACUCCAACCAUCUCACAUUAAACCCAUACUUUUAGCCCUCCAAGCCAAACCCAAUUCUGCCCUUAACUUUUUCCAAUGGACCCAAAGUUUCUUAAAGUCACCUCACAAUGUGCCCUCCUACUGUGCACUCAUUCACCUCUUGCUCCGCCAUCGAAUGUUGGCUGCCGCAGCUCAGGUGUUCGAUGAUAUGAUCGCCCAUUUUGGUACAAAUAUUGAUGUUUUUGAUGCUUUUAAUGAAGGGUUUAAGGAUUUUGAUUCGAACCCGAAUUAUGUUUUUGGGUUUUUGUUGGAAAGUUACUGUAACAAAGGGAUGUUGGAUAUGAGUUGUUAUGUGUUAGUGAAAAUGUCUGAAUGGGGCGUUUUUAUCUCGCAUAAUUUGGUUUAUAGGAUGUUGGAUUCUAUAGUUAAUGCGAAUCGUGUUGAUAUAAUUUUUGAUAACUAUGGUAAAUUAUGCAGAUUGUUUAGAACACCGAGCUUAUGUGUUUAUGGGAUUGUGAUGGAAGGGUUCUUGAAGAAUGGGGAGGUUGAAAAGGCGUUGAAUUUUCAUAAAGAGGUGACUGAGAGAGGUUUAGGGGUUGACAUUGUUUCUUGUAACAAGAUUUUAAAGUGUCUUUCUGUAAAUAAUGAAAUAAGAGUUGCUUCAAAGUUGUUUGAUAUGAUUCUUACUCUUGGUCCAUUGCCAAAUGUGGUGACGUUUAGCACAUUGAUUAAAAUGUAUUCAAAAGAUGGAAAAUUAGAUAAAGCAAUUGAGGUUUACAAUGUUAUGACGGAGAGGAAUGUAUUGCCAGAUUUAAUCAUGUAUUCUAUUCUUAUUGAUGGUUAUUUCAAGGCAGGGAGAUUGGAUGAGGGAGAGAAACUUUUUUCCAUGGCAUUAGAUCGAGGUGUCAAGUUGGAUGUAGUUGUUUUCAGCUUGGUUAUGGAUGCUUUUGGAAAGGUAGGGGAUUUGGGAAAAGUGGUUCAGGUUUAUAAGAGAAUGUUGGAGGAAGGCUUAUCACCUAACGUGGUUAGUUACACCACUCUCAUAAAUGGGUUGAAUGGGAAUGGAAGGAUGCUUGAAGCUUGUGGCAUAUUUGGUCAAAUUAUCAAACAAGGUCUCAAGCCAUCACUCAUAACCUAUAGUAGUCUCAUUGAUGGCUUUUGCAAGUUGGGAAAUUUGAGAGAUGGUUUUCAUUUAUUUGAUGAUAUGAUAAAAAAGGGCCAUCUACCUGAUGUUGUUGUUUAUAGUGUGUUAAUAAAUGGUCUUUGUAAAGAAGGGAUGGUGACAGAUGCUCUUAGGUUCUUCUUUAGCAGUGUAAGCAGGGGUCUGAAACCGAAUAUCUUUACUUUUAACUCCUUGAUGGAUGGUUAUUGUAGGUUGAAACAGUUAAGUAAUGCUGUGAAGGUGUAUACUUUAAUGGGAAUGUACAACAUAAAACCAGAUAUGGUGACCUACACUGUCCUUGUUAGAGAUGCUUCUAAUCAAGGAAAAUUGAAUGCAGCACUCUUAAUUUUUUUUCAAAUGCUUAAGAGGGGUUUCCCUGGAGACGCUAUAACAUAUUGUACCCUCAUGGAUGGAUUCUGCAAAAAUAAAAAUCAAUCUGCUGGACUGCAGUUUUUUAAGCUGAUGCAAUGGAAUGGAGUGGUUCCUGAUAUUGCAGUAUAUAAUGUUCUCCUUAGUAUGCUUUUCAAGGAAUGUCAUCUUCAAGGGGCGUCAGAACUGUUCAGUAAACUUGUUGAGAAAGGGCCAAAACCUGAUAUUAUAACAUACAACACAAUGAUAUGUGGUUAUUGCUCAUUUAAAAGAUUGGAUGAGGCAUUCAGCCUUUUUAAACAGCUGACUUCUCCCCUGUUUGGACCCAAUUCAAUUACUUUUACCAUAUUGAUUGAUGCUUUCUGCAAGGAGGGUAGAAUGGACGAAGCUAUGUUGAUGUUCUCCAAAAUGUUGGAGAAGGUGCCAGAGCCCAACGUGGUAACAUACAGUUGUCUAAUUGAUGGCUACUUCAAAUCUCAGGAUAUAAGGACUGCUACCGAGCUUCACGAAGAGAUGCUUGAAAACAAAAUCUGUCCAAAUAUUGUCAGUUAUAGCAUCCUCAUUGAUGGCUUUUGCAAACGAGGAUUAAUGCUGGAAGCAUCACUUGCAUUCCGUUGUGCUCUAGAUAGACAUUUAUUGCCAGAUGUAGUUGCAUUUUCAAUUAUGAUUCGUGGUUAUUGCAAAGUUGGUAGGUUGGUUGAGGCCAAACUGUUAUGUGAACAAAUGUUCACGAAUGGAAUAAUGCCUGAUGAUUUGUUAGAACGAACUCUUGUGGAAUAUAAUCUUUAAAACAGCAUGGAAAAUGAGUCUUC